GUAGCAAGCUGCAUAAGAAAAGAUGGAGACUACUCCUGUUUGUUUAGUUUCUGAUCUUCAAGUGAAGAGAGAGAGGUUGAUGAUUUUACUUCCAGAGAAGAUAAGAGAAAGGAGGACACUCUUUUUGAGCAAUAUAGACCAGAAGCUUGUGCAUUAUGUGCAAAAGGUGGUGCAUUUUUUUGCUGCGGAUGUGCAAAUUCCAUUCGAUGCUAUAGUGUACGUGCACACACAGGCGCUGAACAAGCUUCUUCUUGCUUAUGAUUUCAUGUGUGGGAGGCUCAUCUUCAAUUCAGAAGAAAAGAGGUUCCAGAUUGACUGUAAUGCCGCAGGAGUGCCUUUUGCUGUCUGUACCAGUGAGCUCUCUUUAGAAGAACUCGGGGAUGUCACUUAUCCCAAUCCGGCCUUCACCCAGCUUUUUGUCAUUCCUGGGAAUGGAAGGCCUGAAGAUGAGCCCCUUAUAUCUUUUCAGGUGACUAGAUUCAAAUGUGGAGGAUUCGCCAUGGGAACUGCGGUAAAUCACUGUCUCAUGGAUGGGUUUGCGCUACAAGAGUUUGCCAAAAACUUCGCCUUCUUGGCGAAGAAAGGAGAGGUGGCAUUCGAACCAGUGGUGGAUCGGACCUGCUUAAAAGCUCGAUCUCCACCCCAGAUAGAUUACGAACAUCACGAGUAUUAUCAGAAUCAUUCUGAGAUUGGUGCCAAGGCCUUGAAUUCCUCCAUAUUUACACAAAGAGAUAAGGAUGUGUGGCACAAUAAGGUGGCCCUCCAUAAUCCUCUAGACGAGCAUGUUUUUGGACUGUUUUCUUUUUCAGGGAAAAUGUUGCAGUCCCUCAAGACGAAGGCCAUCAAUGGCGGGGCAAAGCAUUGCACUAGCUUCAUUGCAGCUAUGGCUCACCUCUGGCGUGCCAGGACUUGUACAAUACCAAACAUGGCUGCUCAUGAUGUUUCCACAGUUCAGUUCGCUGUCGACCUAAGGUCUAAGAUGAUGCCCCCUCUUCCUCGGGAGUUCGCGGGCAAUGCAACAUUUACAGCCUAUGCCAAGGCAACUGCGAAAGAACUGAAAGAAGAACCAUUUUCCCACACUGUGAAGAAGCUGCAAGAAGGUGUGGACAGACUGACAGAUGAGUAUGUGAGGUCCAGAAUAGACUUGUUGGAAUUGCAUGAUGGAGUUGCAUGUUUAGAGAAUGGAUUUCUUGCAUCAUCAUGGUCCCAUAUGGGAUUUCGAGAUUUUGAUUUUGGAGGAGUGAUUAAGUCUGUGCAUGCAUCCCCUGUGGUGUCUGGGUGGACAGAUGUUGUCAUAUUUUUGGCCAAUCCAAAGGACAAGGAAGGAAUACAGAUAUAUAUUGGUUUGGAGGCUGCUCACAUGAAAAAAUUUCGUCAACUUGUUGGAAUGGUGGACAACAUUGCUGUUUAGUCCAUGGGUGGUUCAAUGCAAGGAUCGUUAUGUCUUGCAUGGACUAAUAUUGAUUUCCAUUUCAAGUUUAGGCAAACCUUUAAUUAGUCUUUAAUGUCUACUCUUUGCUAGUGCCAGCAUAAAGGUGAAACUAGAGGUUGCAUCAUUAGCCGCAAUUUAGGCUUGUUAAAAUAUGUUAAUUUUAUCUUUGUUUGUUUCCAUUUUGUAAGACAUCUUUUUGGUUCAAUCAUAAGUAUUUUAAUUGUUGAAUCCUUACCUAUUUUAAAAA